AUGUUGUCGCAAGGAGGCAUUAUCGGAAUUGCUGACGCAGACCAUCGUCGUUCGCCCUCUCCUGCGGAUGCCAAGGGUGGUACAUUGAAGCACGGGAGCAAACUCGGGCUCGACUACGGGGUUGACAAUGAAUUGCAGCAACUCGUUAAUGAGUUCGUGGGAGGGUCUUCAGGCGUCCCCCUGGCUUCCAAGAAUGAGCCAUACACCGGACAGCCCACACCAGGAGCUUCAGAGGGUGCUCCUACGGUGCUAAAAAAAGAGCCUGCGGCCCCCAGCCUCCUCCAAGGGGCAUUAUCGCCGUGCCUUGGUGACUCGGAGAGUGUUGUCAGUGAAAUGAUAUACCGUUUAAAGGAAAGUCUAAGCGCACAAGCCGAGAGAUGGUGGAGGAUCUCCAUGGCCAAGGCAAUAAGCAGGCCUCUAUUGGCUUCGUACGAGACGAAUUCAGCGGGAAACUUCUCUAGUACAAGCCAAAUCCAGAACGAUCUUGUUCCGGGGCCCAAUGACAAAUCCAUUUUUAGUAGCAACUGGCACGACCGCCUACAAUGGGCGUUUCAGCAGGUGCUCACCCUAAGUGAGUCUCAGGACUUGGAAGUCGCCCAUAAGCUCAGAAGGCGCCUCUUCGAGCGAGAACUUGCUCUGAGCCACGAGAUUGGCUCUUUUGCCGCAGCUGCACGUGCCGCAGCAGUGGUGCUGCUUCACUCCCUGCCUUUGGGGGAACGUGCUUCGUACGCACAACCAUUUCAGCCAGCGAGCUGUACAGACCGAGCGUACAAAGGCCCUUUCCAGUGCUUCGUGCGCAUUACACCGGAGGACCAUCCCACCAUGUGGAAGGUCUAUCAACCCAAGUUCGCUGGUGAUGAGGUGUAUGCCUUCGACAGCCUGGUGCUGACAGUAAUUGUGGGGGAUCCCCAGGCGAAUGUCAAGGCAUACGUAGCUAGGGAAAUAUACCAAAAUGACGUCAAGGGCCGCCAGGCCAUGGCCGACGCAGUGUAUGCCACUUGCCUGGCACGGAAGACGCAGACAGAUCUGAGUCUCCACAGUUGGUCUCAGCUGCGAAACAGCAAGCGGCGGGACCUAUCUCUACAGGUAGAUACAGUGUGGAACGUACAUGACCAGUCCAAGUUCGAGCGCGCCAAACUUGGCCUCCCAAUCGCAUGCUUAGUUGACUAUGCGGGCCUGACUGUCAUGGUAGAGCCGUUGAUACCCCUGAGCCCUGCUCCCAACAAUGUCUUGGAAGAGCUUGUUUCCGAAAUCACGCAGUGCCUCCCCGAUUUUGUUCGGCAGUGCAAUAGUAUUGGGAACCCCCUAGCUUGUUUUGACGCCUUGGACAAAGUCGACCGCGUUACUUACAAUAAGUUCAAAAACAUCGCGCGCUUCCUGAACCUGGCGGAGCAAAGGUUCCGGCAGUCAUUUGUUUCCUGUGUCUUCGAUGUUGCCUUGCCAUGUACCAGCAGAGAGCAGCAUAAGGCUUCGGAGACCGAAUCUUCAAAGUUUGCUCAAAGGCACACGACACUGCGCGGCUCCCUCGAAGCACUGUCGAUGGCUGUGCAUUCCAUGGAGCUUUCGAUUAGACAGGACCUCAUUCCGGUCAUCAAUGCUUUUCAGAAAAACUUCUUAGAUUCAUUUGACAUUGCCCACACUCUGCAUGCCCACGGGAUAAACAUCAGAAAUGUAGCACAGCUGCUCAGCCAUGGUCCGGCUUCCCCGUUUCGAGAUGCCGUUGUGCGUGAAGUCGUGGCACGGUCUGCAAAGCGUUUGUUUCGGAUGCAAGUCGAGAAACUGUUUAGUGGAAGGGUGGAAACAAGCCACAUAGAAGAGCUCCAGCGACUGGUUGUUAAGCUCUUCAACCUGGUUCUUUCUACCAAUGAGGAAUCUCGGAUCUUCUGGCAACACCAGAUCCUUCCGCUGGCUUUAGAAAGAUACAAGGUUGACUUGACAGAAUCGGCUUCGCCAGACAAGGUCUGCACGUUUUCCCUUUUCAAAGCCAUGGAGUACAACUUUGGCGUUCAAUUCGACUCCCGCGUGGCGGUGCGCUCAACAAAAGCAUCCAACGAGGUUUUAUUAUCGCUUCGACUGCCGCUUUCUGUCGUCGAUUUGUCCACCUUCUCUGCUUGUGACUCCCUCCUCUUUCCUCAUAUUUCUUACGUCCGCGCGGCUCUCCUGGGGAGCGGCCAUGCAGAAACAGCUGAAGAAAAAGAUAUUGCAGACUGGAGAACACAGCUUCGAUCAACCAAGCGGCGAAUGCGUCAUUUCCUUGAAGCCGACGAGGCUGAGAAGGCAAAGGAUGAAGACAGCAAACUGCCGAAGACUCCUGGUACUCUAAAGGAGCUGCAAUCAUUUGCGGAACUUCGUGCUGUUCGAGGUUUCUAUCCCAGGCUUCACCUCGUCGCACCAGACACGUUUGCACUGAUGCAAGCCGCUGCCGCAUCAGCCGAAGCUGGAGCCAGCAGAGUAUCUUUAAGUGUGCUGCUCGAUAACAUGAAGGCUGGAACAGGGUACCCUUGCCACCCAUAUUGCCAUUUAGUAGACGAAGAUGAGAAUAUGUUUCCUGUCGUAACAGAGGCUGCUGAUGAGAAGCACUCUCGAGCACCUCUGAGGCAAUGCCGGAAAUACAAGAGAAAAAAGCUAUCCCUUACGCUUGCUCUGCUCUUGAAGUCGGCAAUCGCUCAACCUAAAGAUGCGCUUGUGUGCUAUAGGCACUUGAAGCCCAUCCUCAUCGCCAUAGAGGGGAAAAUGUCACUUCGAUUACUCCUCGCGGAUCUUCUUCUCGCAUCGGUUGCUUUCAAAAACAAACGGUUCAGUGCUGCGAUUGUGCAUGCUUUCCGCGUCCACAAGAUAUCAACUGUGUGUUUUGAUACUGGAGGCGCUCACUGGGCUGCAAUUGCGGCGCUUCGCCUUGUCGCGCGGUCGAUGCUUGAAGUUCAACGGUCUUCGGAAGCAAUCAUCAUCCUGCAGCAUGCCGUUAGGGCAGCAAGCACGAAUCCCGAGUUGCCAUGUGUUGUAACGCACAUGAGCCGUUUUUGGUUGGCGACAGCCUUUGCUCGAUUGGGGCGCUUGGAGAAUGCCUCUACAGAGGCGGAGAUUAUGCUUGCAGGCCUUGAGUCUCAGCUCGGCACGAACCAUGAAGCCACAAUGUCAGCCCUCUACCUCGCAGCUGAAGUUAAAAUGAGUAUUGGUUGUCUGGCUUUGCAAAACCCCCCGCUGAAGAUUGCGGGGUCCGCCUCCGCUCACAGAGACGAGAAGGCUGAUGCCAUCGGUGCUCCUGAUGAGCUUCAAGAACCGUUGCUAUGGAAGCCAUUGAGCGCUGAAGACUUUGCAAUCUACGAGGAAAUCUUCAGAGAUAAAGGCAUGAUCCAAGCGAGAGCCCUUCUGGCACACCGCGUGUACAUAGCAUGCGUGGCUCAAGGCUGUUCUCCCGCACUGAGGCCGUUUGGUCUGAUGGAAUACGAGCUAGGUUACACCGAAAACUCGGAUGAAGAGGACCCGGAACCAUGCGAGAAACAGACAGAGUACUCACACUUUGCUGCAGACAGGACAAGAGUUUAUUUUAAGCAUUACCCUCGCUUGAACUUUGGGCAUAGACGGACAGCAGCAGUCUCCAACCGGUUGAAGCCAGUCCCUGAUGAAGCACCACAUGAAAAAAUGACAUACGAGGAACCAGCAGAUAUCGCUGACUAUCCUUUUUCGUUCUACUCACAACAAAAAGUGUCAGGCACAGAGCGCCGCCGUGCCCAGAGUAGCGGUGUCCUGUAUGCUCGGGUAGAUGGAUCCUCCAGCUUGCGGCCUACUCAGGAGCAUGAUGACCUAAUGAUGCAACUGCUGCUGUUUUGUGAGGGUCCCCCGUCAUUGAAUGGCAUUCUGAAAAGCUGCUACAUGAGCUGCUUAGAAGACCGUAAAAAGAGCCCGUCAAACUGGAUGGAUGAUCUUAUAUCUGACAUUCUGUCAGAGAGAGGAAGCUUGCAACAUUUGCGCUUCCUUGUAUGCAUGAUGCGUCACUUCUUCACGCUUUCGCAAAAAGCACUGAUGAUUUCGCUCGCCCCAGGAGACUUCAACAGGAAACGCCAGGCCCAAAUUCUAAUUCAAGCAAUGCGUGGACAACAGGUUGAGGAAGAAGUGUCACGAAAACUUAUCCUAAAACGGAUGAUCAACAGAAGCAGGGAGCAGAUGCCCGAGAGCACUGACGAUUACUUUGAGUAUGAGAUCAAUUCACCUAGGCAAUUCGAUCUGAUGGUCGGGAUCACCCGGUGUGACGAACUCGUAAAUGCGACGACCUGGACUGGGUCUGCGUUAAGGAGCAUGCGCUCUCAGCUAGACUUCACACUUUCCAAACAGUCCCAGACAAAACAUGGGCCGGCAUACGCCGGGAAUCAAACCACCGGGGAUAGUGACCUGGUAGAAUACACAGGGUCUGAUGACGACUUGGUCGCUGGACGAGGCGACAGUGCGAACUACCGUCGGAGCGAAAUUGCCGCAGUCGAAGAACACUACCUAAAGAAACCGACUAUGGGGAAAGGCAGUAUAUCGGGCAAGACCCCAUGGAGGAGCAUGAGCACGGCAGCCCGGCUAUCUCAGCAACGCUUCGGAGGCAGCAAUCAGCUCACUGCGAAUGCCUCGCCCAUUGCGUAUGGCGUCAUGCGAAACAUUUUAAAGACCCAGGUCGAUUCAGAACUUGAAGCAUUUGGAUGUAUUGAGUGUUUGCAGCCGGCGGACAAAGUGCCUUUCCUUGGAGGGUGA